AUGUUUUAGUGACUCUUUUAUAGAUUAAAGAUGUUUCGGUGUUCUUCUGAGCAAGAGGAUAUGGUAGUAGUUAACUAUGAGAUUGUAGACAAUGUUGAAGGUCACGACCCCGACACACAGGAUGAAGACGCUGACGCAGUGAGACGCCUAGAAGUACAACACACAGGAGGAGACACUGCAUGGAGCAGGUGUUACAGAGUGACUGCGGUGUGUGUGGUGCUGCUGUGUGUUCUCCUGCUGACUGCCGUCACAGUGCUGUGGAUCCGAUUCAACAACCUGACUACAGAAAACAACCAGUUACAGACCAGUUACAACAACCUGACUAUAGAGAGAGACCAGUUACAGACCAGUUACAACAACCUGACUAUAGAGAGAGACCAGUUCAACACCCUGACUAUAGAGAGAGACCAGUUACAGAAGGAUAGAGAGGAACUCCAGAGGCUUUCUAAACAGGGAUUGAUUUAUUUUAGCUCCAGUGUUUACUACAUCUCUAUUGAGAAGAAGAGCUGGACUGAGAGCAGAAAGGACUGCAGAGAGAGAGGAGCAGACCUGGUGAUCAUAAACAACAAAGAGGAACAGGAGUUCAUCAGUAAAAUCCUGAGCAGAAGAAACUCUUGGAUUGGACUGAGUGACGGAGACAGAGAGGGCGAGUGGAAGUGGGUGGACGGUACACUGCUGAACACUGGGUUCUGGGGAAAAGGAGAACCCGACAGUGCUGUAGGAGAUGAGGACUGUGUUGUAAUUCAUGAUCACACUGAUCCUGUCUGGAACUGGUCUGAUUAUCCCUGUCAUUAUCAGAUCAUUUGGAUCUGUGAGAAGACAGUCGUUGAGAGAGAGAGUGAGAGAGAGAUCAAACCCACAUAUAUUUAUAGUUUGUGCUGUCCUUUGCAGGAGUUCAUUCUUAAACAGCUUACAAGCAGCAGUCAGGCUUGGAUCGGACUGACUGACAGCGACACAGAGGGGGUGUGGAAAUGGGUGGACGAUACACCACUGACCACUUCGUUCUGGUCUGAUGGAGAACCGAAUAAUGCAGGCGAUGAGGACUGUGCCGAGAUUAUGGGUUGGAAGAACAGCUGGAACGACAGAUCAUGCUCUGCAAGUGUACGGUGUACCUGUGAAAAGAACGUGUUUUUGUUGUAAGGUUAAAAUAACAGAAUGAGCAACAAGAGGGUGUGUGUUACAGUGAUUUCAUUAUUGGGAAGGGUGUUCUUGGGCAUUAAAGGAAGCGGAGUAAAUGUUACGUUACGAGAGGUAAGGCGGGAGCAGGUGCAGAUCACAGUCUUUAUUGCUCGAACACAAGGUCAAUAAACAUGAGCAGCGAUAUGCGGUCUUAGACAUGAAGCGAGAUUCAAGGCAUGAAACAUAAACAGGACACGAGAACACGACCGCUUAACAUCGAGGUGGCUAACACUUACAUGCACUUAGACUUAGUUAGCUAGUUAACCGUAUCUCCAUACAUUCAGUUCUUCAAAUAAUACUGCGCGAAAUGCAACGUAACAUGAGGGCUUAAAUAGCAAACACAAUCAAACUAAACACAGACAGCUGGAGUAAAUAAAGACACACCCUCAAACAUCAACCAAUGCUUAAACAGGGGGAGAACCAAAACAAACAAAGACAUGUGUCCAUAUACAAGAGUGCAGUCUUGGCUUUAGAGAGCGCACGUGCACGUCAACGCCGCAGUGCCAUCUGCCGGCGGGAGCAUAACAGUAAAUCUGUGAUAACAUUGCUGUAGCCCAUGCGUUUGGGUGUCUCAUUGCUUUUAUAAAACAGUGUGGGGAAAAAACAAUAUGAUAAAAAGUUGGGAGAUUUCCAACAACAGUUGGAAUGAUCAUCAUUUAUGAUAAUCACGAUAAAAAAUUAUUAUGCCAUGCAAAAUGUAAUCGCAGAUUUAUAUGAUUAAAUUCAAUUUCGAUCGAUUUCUCACAGAAAGCUGCUGCAAGGCUUCGGAAAGCUUGAAUAUAUCCAACACUGGACUAGUUUUAUCGUCGCUUGGUGCUUUUCCGUCCUUAGCCUACAUUCACUCCUACAUAGCCUACAUUCUUGCAUAUAUUGUGUUCCAACUUCCAAGGAUAAACAACGGAGGGAGGAGUAACUGAUGGAAUUUCUAUUUGAUGUUAAUAAUAACAGCUUCAUACGGGCUAGCUUCAGAAUCAUAGCACAAAACAUCGAACAUAAAUCACAUUGUUUUUUGAAUAACUGGGUGACUAGCUGUCUUCUCCAUCUUGCUCUCUCCUCUUUUUUACAUUUUUCUUUCCUCUUUUGGUAUUCCGAUUUUGUCUAUCCAUCUACCUGGUGCGUGUAACGACUCACAACUGUGAAAUGCCGCGUUUCUGAAUAAUCCGUGAACACACACAUGCAUUUGGCAGUCUGAGGUUAUUCAUUAUAGCUUGCUUCUUAAUAGAUUAUUGUGCAAAGAGGCCAGUUAAAUACCAAAAUUAUAUACUAUGGGGUUCUGCUGGGCCCCCUGUCUGACCAGGGCCCUUAGAAUCAUCCUUAUCCCUUCCCCCCCUCCUACCCCCACCGGUGCCCCUGGCCAGGGGGUCAGGAGUAGCUCAUUGCUCCUGAUUAAUUCGGAGUACUCCUGUGCCUCCCCCUGGUGGCUGAAGAUGCAGCCCCAGGCUGGGCUGUUAAACACGUGUAGUCAAUUUCUUACUUGUAAUAUAGGAAAUGACAAGAAAGCACUCAUAAAAUAAGAUUAUAAAUGUGUACUUUAGUCAUCAAAGAGCAUCAGUUGUACUUCAGUCUUGAAAAAUUGUGGUUUUUCUAAUAAUGAGUAGCUUUGCGUGCAGAGUAAUGGCUGCCAGUAAUGGAAGAGCGCAAACUGUAGUAGCUUCCUGUGGUCAAAGUGUGAAAACAUCAGAACACUACAGAAACAACAACUUACUAGAAGCAGUGCAUUAAUAGAGAAAUGCCAUACAGCUGGAACUACUGCAGAUCUGCUGUUAUAGAAAA